AAAUGAAUUCAAAGUUACUCAAACUGAAUAUUUUCAAGAACAAUUUGAUAAAUUUAUAUUGACAAAUUCAGUUUCACGUAAUUACAAGCCACGUUACUGGCACUUCCACACAAAUGAGCUUUUUCAGAAUCUCGACGCAUUUGAGGAGCGGUUAAAUUGCAUUAAAUCGAUGAUAAUAAAGUUUAUUGACUAUCAAAAAUUGGAGAAAGUGGAAGUGGGUGGACUUAUGGGCUGUUGGUAUGGGCCGAUGGUUGAAAACAUGUAUCUUCGGUUUAAUAAGUACAUGGAAAAGAUGGUUUCCAUAGCUUACGAUCCAUUGGACUUGCUAAGCGAUGUGAAUAACGCCUUGUUUAUGGAGGACUACAAUUUCUAUUUAAACAUGUCGGACGAUAUUGACAAUCGUUUAGCUACUGUUUCAAAAGCCUGUUUCGAAAACAUCGACGACUCAAUUUCAUUUCACAAGUUUAUAAUGGUAUUUGGUUCGGCCGUGUUAAAUCGACCUAUGGUAGCGGCUGCCGUGGAAAAACAUUACGAAAAAGUGUUGGAUCUACUCGACCAAGAUUUGGCCCAGGAGCUUAAAAUUAUCGACCGUCUAUCAGGAACGGGAAUGGUAACCGAAAUUGAGAAAAGUGACUAUUACGAAACGCGUUUCAUACCAGAAGAAAUGGAUCUAGAGUACCCACUCGUUGCUAGAGCAAUAAUGUGGGGAAACUCACGGUUAAAUAAUCGAUUGUUGGAAGAUUUAAACGUUAUUCGGUCUUUUGACUUGCCAAUCAUGAAAACUCCAAGAGGAGAUCAAAUCAAUAUAAAGGCUGAACAAUUAAAGGAUAAAUUUAAAAAUUAUUUAAGUCCUAUAAUUGAGGAAUGGAAGCGUGUUGUACCACUACAGAUACAAGACAAAAUAGUACAACCACUAUUCACGAUUAACAAAAAUAACAUAAUCAGUCUAAACUUUUCUGAAGAAUUGGAUGCAGCAAUAAAAGUAACCAGAUAUAUAAUACUCUGUAAUUACAAUUUCAAAAAUCCAAUAUUGACGAUUGAAACAAAUGACAUACCUUACGAAGCAAUUAAACUCUAUAAACGAGAAAAACUGAUUUUGGAGUAUAAAAGAGAUAUUGAAGAAAUCGUUAAAUGGUAUAAUAUGCUGAGAACUGAAACACACCCUACAGAAUUACAGUUAAUUAUUCAAGAAAUCGAGAAUAUUGAAAACCUUAUUGAUGACGCUCAAAAGAAUGUUACGUGGAAUACGGAAGAUAUUGUUUACUCAAGUGAAAAUGAUUUGCACGAAGAAACGUAUACAGAAAGUGAACAGUUUAUGUCACCAAUAUCGUUACAAAAUACAAUUAGCACUAUUCAUAGUUUAACUAAAAAUGUUUAUGAGCGUGUAAUUCAAACUCACGAAAAUUUUCAAAAAAUAAUUGCCCUGAGUAGUCAGUGGAUUAAUAAGCCAAUGUAUGUGCGUGAUAAGAAUACAAAACGUAUAACAUUUGACAAUAAGUUGACUGAAAAGAAAAUCGCUAGGUACGCCGAAGUGCGUGACGCGAGUAUUGAGAUACAACAAUUGCUUAUGGAAGAUCUUUUAUUAUUUCACAAUGUGCCAUUAUUGGAUCCAAAUUUGGGUAAGUUAACUUCAUCACAUUCAUCUUUGAUUUGUUAAUGACAUCAACAUGGCCUAUUUUUAAAUAGAUAUAUUGAACUCCUUUUCAUAAAUACGUUUCAUCGAUAGAUGCUCCUAAAGAAGUGUGGAUAGCAAAUGUUUUAGACAGCAGUUCCCAAACUUAUUAAACUUUAAGAUUAACAUGAUAUAAUACAUACAUGUGAUUCUUUAAGCAUGCUCAACCCAUAUUUAUGCUUACAAUAUGCAUGUAUACAAAUUCUGACUUUUUGGAAUUUUUAACGCUAUGUCUAGAGGACUUACCGAGCGCUCGUCGGUCACUUUGUGUAGAAUCGGGCCCUUCAUUUGAAUAUAUAACAUUAGUUCAUUUAUUGUGAAACUUAAAUUGUUUAUUUGGUUUAAGCGUAAUAAUAACCUUAUACUUUUAUAAGUAUUAAGCCUUUUAGUUGUGUUA